AAAACAAACAACAAAAGCCCUUCGCAUACAACACAAACACUAUAAAUACAGUCCAUAACCGUUAAAACUCCCACACCACCACCACUACUCCACUCUCUCUCUUUAUCUCUAAACAAGCGUACGUUAGCGAAAUAUACAAUGGCUUCACUUCUUGUCCUCUCCGUCUUCUUCUUCCUCUCCUCUUGUUCUGCUCAGUCCUACAAUGUCUUGUCUUUCGGAGCUAAGCCGGACGGAAAGACAGACGCAACCAAAGCGUUCAUGGCGGUUUGGGAAACCGCGUGUGCAUCAUCUCGUCCCGUAACCAUCGUAGUUCCCAAAGGCCGGUUCUUGUUAAGGAGCGUUACUUUCGAUGGUUCCAAGUGCAAGCCCAAGCCCGUUACGUUCCGUAUCGACGGUACAUUGUUGGCUCCGGCGGAUUAUCGAGUUAUCGGAAAUGAAGACUAUUGGAUUUUCUUCCAACAUCUAGACGGCAUCACCGUCUACGGCGGAGUUCUUGACGCUCGAGGUGCUUCUUUAUGGGAUUGUAAGAAGUCCGGCAAGAAUUGCCCCAGCGGCGCAACGACUAUAGGAUUUCAGAGCUCAAGCAACGUUGUGGUCUCUGGGCUAACGUCAUUAAACAGCCAGAUGUUCCACGUCGUCAUCAACGGUUGUAAUAACGUAAAGCUUCAAGGAGUCAAAGUAUUAGCUGCCGGAAACAGCCCCAACACCGAUGGUAUCCACGUUCAGUCUUCCUCCACCGUCUCUAUCUUCAAUACUAAAAUCUCCACAGGAGACGAUUGCGUCUCCAUCGGUCCCGGCACUAACGGACUAUGGAUCGAAAAUGUAGCAUGCGGCCCUGGUCAUGGCAUCAGCAUUGGUAGUUUGGGAAAAGAUAGCGUGGAGUCAGGUGUACAAAACGUGACUGUCAAAACGGUGACGUUUACGGGAACUGAUAACGGAGUGAGGAUCAAAUCAUGGGCCAGGCCCAGUAGUGGAUUCGCUAAGAACAUCCGUUUCCAACAUUGUGUAAUGAACAACGUAGAGAACCCUAUCAUCAUUGACCAAAACUACUGUCCUGAUCACGAUUGCCCUCGUCAGGUUUCGGGGAUCAAAAUUAGCGAUGUGUUGUUUGUUGAUAUACAUGGAACAUCGGCGACUGAAGUUGGAGUGAAACUUGAUUGUAGUUCUAAGAAACCGUGUACCGGAAUUAGACUUGAGGAUGUGAAAUUAACGUACCGGAAUAAACCGGCUGCGUCGGCUUGUACUCACGCCGGAGGGAUAGAAGCUGGAUUUUUUCAGCCAAAUUGUCUAUGACAGAAAAGAAACAUGACUUUUCUUUUAAGUAUUACUUAAAAUUCAAAAUAGUGAAUGUAAAUUAUAAUUUCGAAAAUCAUGGAAGGAAAUGCAUGAGCCUGUGGCGGUUGAUGGCCCACUGGGCCUCAAGCCUGGCCUUGUAGUAUAUGAACCAGAGCAACCAUUGAUGUAUUUGAUGUGUUGUGUAACAACUUGUAUUACUGUUAAAAAAA